ACAAUUUAAACCACAUUAUCAUUCCAAUAGAGCGGUCUGCCUCUUGUUUCAUCCUCCGAAGGCCGAACUUGAUCAAGAAUGAUCUAGCAGCGGUCUCGUUCUAUACAAUACCCGCAUAUUGAUCCACUGCAAUUCAUCAAAAUUAUACUCCUAUCAGUUUUUCGCGAUCCAUUCUAACGCGAGUACACAGUGCAGCCAUGAUUUCGGACGAAAUUCUGGGAGAUAUCUCCGCGGCAGUGAAAGAAAUCAUGAAAACUGAAGGCUUCGAAGAUUAUAAAUUCGAGAUUGAGGGUAUGUCAGAAUCCGGCGACAAUUACAUGGGUGAAGUUAUUUUUUUACGCGUGGAACCGUUGGGAGACGAUGGAAAAUCCUACCAUCUGGUCCUGAAGACCGCCAAGAGAUCGAAGGACUUGAGAGGAGCCCUCCCGAUCGAAAUUUUCUACAACAGAGAACUGUACAUGUAUUCCGACGUCUUCCCGGCCUACAGGACCUUCAUCAAGGAGGUGAGACCGGAUUUCGGGUUCGAUUUCCUUCCGAGAGUCCUCUAUUUCAACCGGGAAUACCUAAAAGAGACGAUCGUCAUGGAGAACUUGAAGAACGAGGGUUUCAAACUGUGGGACAGGAAGAAACCCUGGAACCUCCAACAUUCGCUGUUCGCCAUGAGACACUACGGUAAACUGCACGCUUUAUCCAUGGCGUUGGAGGACCAGAGGCCUGGAAUCUUCGGCGAGUUGAGGAAGAACCUGGGUAACAUAUCGGACGUUUUCGAUAAAAGGGUGGAUUUCAAGAAGUUCUACGAGGAGCCUGUCGAGCACAUCAUGGGGUUGCUGAGGAAGAACGGCAGGGAGGAUCUGGUGGUCAAAUAUGACGGUUUGGUCGAGGAGGCUCUGGAUCAUAUAUUCAACGGAAAGACCGAGGAUGAGGACAGGAUCGCCAUCUGCCACAUGGAUAGUUGGAACAACAACUUCAUGUUUAAGUACGAGAACGAUGACGAAUCCGAGCCAUCAGAAGUGCGUCUCCUGGAUUUCCAACUGUCCGUCAUGGAUUCACCCGCCAAAGAUUUGAGCUACAACAUUUACGCGACUUGCGACAAUUCGUGCCUGGAUCACUUCGACGACCUCCUCCAAACCUACCACCGAUCUCUGGUAGAGUCCCUGAGGAGUUUGGGUAGCGAUCCCUCGAAUUUUUUCAGUUUGGAGGACCUACGCAGGCACUGGAGGAAAUACGGCCUGUACGGACUGUUUCUCUCGAUAACGCUGAUAAAGAUCGAGUUGUUGGAGAAGACGGACGCGCCCAAGAUCGAGGAAAUGGCCAAACACGAGAAUAUGCUAGACGGUUUUAACGUGAAGGUGUCCGAUCAGGAAGAGUACGAUAGGAGGAUUUUAGACGUCUAUAUUCACUUCGGGGAUAAUUUUCUUUGAGUGUGAAAGGGAGGAAUUUUAGUCUGUUGAAUGUGGAAAACCGUAAGCCUCUGAGUUGCUCAAUUAUUGUCCUGAAGAAUUUGUGUGCAUUAUCGUAUAGAUAGUUAUAGCGAAGGUGUGGAAUUAUUGAUAUUUUCCACCUGUAUUCUGAUGGAUAACUAUAACACUGUAAGUAACUGUUUCUUCACUUCGAGUGUCAGUUUUACCGCAUUAUUUAUCGGAUGUAGGAACUUAGUUGUGAACGCUAUAAUGUUUUCAUGAAACAGGACAAUUUACAGCAGACUUACCCAUGAAAAUUAUCCGAAUUUCAACUAUAACUUGGAGAGGAUUAUGAAAACUUGGGAGAGAAGCAUGAGACAAUGUAAAAUUACUAUUAUUAUACUAUUUUUAUGAUUAAAUAUAUUUCAAAGCAAAAAAUGA